CUCUCUUCUUCCUCACAAAGCACAACCAGAAAAUCUCCGAUUCCGGAAGAGAAAAAUGGCCGAAGAGGAGGCAAAGCCGUUGACAUACAUACCGGAGACGAUAUUGAAGAAAAGGAAAAGCAAUGAAGAAGUUGCCUUGAGGAGGAAGCAACAAUUGGAGCAGAGGAAAUUCGGGAAUAAGAAGAACAUGCAAGAGUUUAUCAGAAAGCCCGAGGAGUUCGUCAAAGAGUAUCGUUACAGGGAAGUGGAUCUCGUCCGGAUGAAACGCAGAAUGAAAAGAAAGAGGACGGAAUUGGUGGAACCAAAGUCGAAGCUUCUCUUCAUUGUUCGCAUACAAGGGAAAAACGACAUGCAUCCAGCAGUUAGGAAGACCCUGUACAACCUGAGAUUGAGGAAAGUCUUCAGUGCGGUUUUUGUGACAGUGAAUGCAGGGAUUCUUGAGAAAUUGCAAAAAGUGGAGCCGUAUGUUACCUAUGGGUACCCUAACCUCAAGAAUGUGAAAGAGCUGAUUUACAAGAAAGGCUUUGCAAAUGUAGACAAGCAGAUGGUGCCUCUUACAGAUAACAACAUCAUCGAGCAGGAACUCGGGAAAUAUGGAAUUUUAUGCAUUGAAGAUGUUGUGCACGAAGUUGCUAAUGUUGGCCCCCAUUUUAAGGAGGUUACUCAUUUCUUAUGGCCAUUUCUGCUCAACAAGCCAAAAGGAUUAAAAGGGUCAAAAACAGUAUACAAGUUGGGGGGAGAAGCCGGCAAUCGCGAGGAUCAUAUCAAUGAACUAAUAGACGAGAUGAAUUAGAAUGGAGAGAAGUAGAGCAGCUGAGUGAAAAAAUAUGUUUUCCUUGUGGCCUGAUUGUCUAAUUCUUACCUCUUUUGUUUCUAUAAGACAAUUUCAAUGAUGUUGUAAUUUUCCUUUGACCCAUAUAUUAGUAAAAUUUUGCGAGCUAUUCAGUGA